UCGAUGACCGUGAGCUGUUUGACAUGUUAGAAGGAGUGAAAACGUGCUGCCAAUAGACAUGAUGAAUUUAUCUGCGUUAGUGCACAGCCUCAGGUGCUCUUUGCUACACAUUGAGAGCAGACUUCUGCAGGCGGCCGGACUGACGAUAGACAGACAGCUGGCUCCAGCUCUGGCAGUGAAUGGCCCCAGUCUGCUGCCUCAGAUCCAGCCUGAGGUGGAGGAGGAGGAUAUGGAGGAGCAGCCUCCUGGCAUCAUGGACAGCAUCCUGUGGAUGGCAGCACCAAAGAAGAGACGCACCAUAGAGAUUAACAGGACCAGGAGGAGAGCUGACUCCAAACUCCUUAAAGUCAAGAAUAACAUCGAGCCGUGUCCAGAGUGUGGCCACCUGAAGCAGAAACAUAUCCUGUGCGGCUUCUGUUACGCUAAGGUGUGCAGGGAGACUGCACUGAUUCGCCAGCAGAUUAAUACAAUGGAAGGUGGUCCGCUGAGGGCGCCGGCUACGGAGACCGUCGUCCUGUAUGACGGUGAGACGCCAAGCCAGCAGGACAAAGACAAGAGGAUAGUGGAGAGAGCCAGGAAGCGGCCUGCCUGGUUCAGCCAAUGAUGCGGAGUUAUUACAGCUGUACGUAGAUGCAUACCUUCAGUGUGACGCAGGUCUGGUCAGAUACACACAGAUUCUCUAUGAGAUAUAGUCAACAGCAUAUUUAUCCUGAUCUGUUGGUCAGUAAAUGUGAGAUUGACUGAUUGAUGAGUUUUUUCCCCUAUUAACAAUAUCAAUAUAGUGAUGUGUUUGUUCAUGUUACAUCCGCACUGACAUCAGGAGUCUUGAUGAAUGAACAUCAGACAUAAAUACAUAGAAAGCAACAGUGCUGCAGGUUAUGAUAGGUUGACUUAUCUCUGUGAGAAUCCUAAACUGCAUAAUUAAUGUGUUGGUUAAAAAACAAACAGCAACAUGUUUUUUUUUUUUUAUCAUUUUGUUUCCGCUGAUUCAUACUGAAUGCAAAGACUGUCCGAUUUUUGACUAAGAGAAAAGCACUGUAUGUUAUUUUAUGUUUGACAAUAAAUCUAUUAUUUGAAAAU